AUGAUUGAAUCACCAGGAUGGAGCACGGAGAGAGACAAGGAGAUCCACAAAGCCGCAGGGAAUGUCCAGCUGCGUAAGUACAACAAAUUAUUCAACCGGCUGAGCGAGGAAUGGUUUGAAAGCUCAUCAUCACUGAGCUACAUGCUAGAAGGUCCGAUCCGUCUGGUCUGUCACGGGAAUGAAGAGGACACUCUGUUGUCUUUAGUAGAAAUGGAGAACAAGAACCUGUCAAAAUUAUUGGCGACUGUCGCAGCGACGUGCCGCGAGAUUCGCCUGCUGAAGCAGGAGUCUCAGGAAUUUUUUAAGAAAUUAUUUAAUCAUGGUGAGAAAAGCGACUCAGACAUCGAGACAAAUAAUUUUAAUGCUCUGCUAGCUGAUUUCCAGGAGCUGUCUUUGUAUAUUAACAGAGUGAUGACUGUGGUGAGUCUGACAGUUCAGCACCUGGGGAGUUUGACGUCUAGUACCAAUGAAAUUUACCUACCAGCGCUGAUAGAGCACUUGGUGGACUGCUUCGUGGUCCUGGUGACCCUGGAUGAGAUCGUGGACUCCUUGCCGAUGAUUGUCGAACAGUGGAAGAAGUACCGGGUGCAAGUGAGGUCAGUGAUGCAUAAUCCUGGGAAGUUUGCAGUGUCUGAGGCGAAGCUGCUGACGUUUGACAGGCUGCUGAAGGACUUGCAUAAUCAGCUGUUGACUAAAAGUUUGUCUUGGAUCCGUCUGAACGUGGGCCUAGUAGUAUCCGUAAAACUCUUCGGUGUAGCAGACAAGAAGCUUUUAAAAAAGCUCUGCGACGUGAACAAGAAGCUCUACGCCGUAACAUUGGUCGGCAACAUAGUCUGGCUGCCCAGCAAGUUCCUCAGCGAGAACAUCCCAGCCGAGACCAGUCCAGUGAACAACACCGUCGGGGAGCGAGUUCUAAACAACAGGAUGCAAAAGCUCUCCGUAACUUGCGGAGGAUUGAUAAACAAGUCAAUGACCUGGUGCGUAGAAGCCAAGAACUUGCUCUGCGGCGUUGAGUUCCAGAUCUCGGACAUCAAGAAGCAGUACUUGCUGAUCAAGGAAGCAGUUACUUUAAUGUCCCAGAUCAACGAGCAGGUGUCCUUUAUUACAAAUGUCCACGCUUCGCUGGCGAAACCGAUGAACAGGAGCACAGUCCAGCUGAUCUGCCGGAUGAUCGAGGUCCAGCGAACCCUAGAGACUACAGUCUACACUUUGGGACCAAUGGUAGUCCAAGCUCAGAGUAGAGGUCUUCAAUAUCUAAGCUACGAGAUCCUCGUCAUCUUAGAGAACGCUCGCAAAGGCUUGGUCCAGAAAGACCAGGGUUAUAGGAGAGAAAAGCUAGACGCACUUUCUUUGACCUGCUUGAGCAUGAAGCUGAUCAAUGGACCUGGUUCAGCAGACAGAAGGUUGAUCGUCCGCUGCGCUUUGAGCUGCGUCAGGCAGCUUGCAGAUGCUUUUAAAGAUGAAGAAGUCAUUAAGCUGAAGCAGAAGCUGGAUGACUAUGACAUCAUCGCUGAUUUGCACGCUAAUAUUGCAGAAGCUUGUGAUUAUUCAGUGCUGCUGCAUCACCAGUCGAUGAUUCCUGCCUACUUGAUGCUUGUAACAGAAAGCACCCAAGACAUCAGCCACCUAGUUCACCUUCUGACCGCCUUCAACAGCGCCGUGAUCCGUCAAGAACCUUCUGAGUUCACCAACCUCCGGGUCAAAGAGCUCAAGGAAGCCGUGGUGAAGCACAUCUUGGAGCCUGCGUGCCGAGAAAUCGAAACCAGCCUCAGAUUGCACGUCCAUGCUCAUCUCAAAUUAGAUUCCACAAACCCCUUCAAAGUGGGGGCCAAAGACGCCAGUCGGGUGGUCAGAGCUCUACCCUUACCGAUUGGAGGUUCCCUAAUCAGCGCCAAGCGGUUCGUGGAACACUACCUAGACGAUAUAUUUUAUAACCUCACCACCGUGGCGCUUCAUGACUGGAAGACCUACAAAACAAUGCACGCAUUAGCUAAAUACAAAUUAGGGUUAGAUUCGGUUCAGAACCAUUUACCGACUCAGACCCUGGAACAGGGGCUAGAUGCCUUGGAAAUCAUGCGGAACAUUCAUGUCUUUGUUUCUAAGUACCUUUAUAACCUCAAUACCCAAACCUUCGUCGAGCACACUAGCGCCAACAAGCACCUCAAUACAAUCGGGAUCCGCCAUACUGCAAAUUCAAUCAGAACUCAUGGAACGGGAAUUAUGAGCACUACUGUAAACUUUGUUUAUCAGUUCCUGAGGGUUAAGCUUCAUACGUUCUCGCAGUUCCUGUUCGACGAACACAUUAAGUCAAGGUUAUUGAAGGACAUAAGGUUCAUAAGGAACCAACGGGAACGAGAACAGACACCGUAUACUUACGAACGCGCUGAAAAGUUCCAGAAAGGAAUCAGGAAGCUGGGAAUGUCCAACGAUUUGAGUUACUUGGAUCAUUUCCGACUGUUGAUAACGCAGAUCGGGAACGCGUUAGGUUAUGUUAGGUUAAUAAGGUCCGGAGGGCUCCACGCAUGCGCCAAUGCGGUUUCUUUUCUUCCUGAUAUCAACACUCCGGGGUUCCAAGCUUGUUCCGGGAACUUGAAGUACUCUGAGACUACCCAAGCCGCUGCUAAGCGGCUGGACGACGACCUCGGAAAUUUAGUUCGGAACUUCACCGAGGGGAGUCAGUACUUCAAACUUCUGGUAGAUGUCUUUGCCUCUGCGUUUAGGGACACUAAGAGCCAUCAUCUUCAGCAGUUCUAUGCGAUUGUUCCACCGUUGACUUUAAGUUUUGUCGAUAAUGCAGUUGCGAACAAGGAGAAGAUUUUUAAGAAGAACAAAGAUGGCGCUGCGUUCACUGAUGAUGGCUUCGCGAUGGGGAUUGCGUAUGUUAACGCGCUGUUGGAUCAGAGCGCGGAACUUGAUGGACUCCAGUGGUUUGAGACUGUAAAUGCGCAUUUGAACAGGGAGAAAACUCUAGCGGAGAAGAUUGAAGGGGAUGAUGAGAAACUUAUGCAGACUAGGGCGCUCACCCUUAAGAGGUUGAAGGAGAGAAGUUCGGAGUUCCAGUUGUUGUAUUAUAGCCUUUCGGGAGCUAGGGUCUUUUUUAAGCAAACGGAUUAUUAG